CAAAAUAAACCCCCUACUAGAGGUACUCAAUGACCCUCAACUACUCUUAUUUGUGACGAUAUUAAAUGAAGCCUCGACCUCACACACCUCCUCGAAAUGGCUGAUGAACCCCAACAGACAGACGUUAAUAGCCAUCGUGACGAGGAGAAUAAACGGUAUUGUUGGGUUUGUUAUGCAAGUGAUGAAGACGAUGAAACAGCGCCAUGGGUCAAACCUUGCAAGUGUAGAGGAACCACAAAAUGGGUGCACCAGUCAUGUUUGCAAAGAUGGGUAGAUGAAAAACAAAAAGGCAACUCUACUGUAAAAGUAAACUGUCCUCAAUGUGGAGUGGAGUACUUCAUUGCCUUCCCUAACAUGGGUCAGUUAAUGUUGUUUCUAGACAGAGUGGAUGCUUUCAUAUACAAAGUGUGUCCAUUUGUGGCUGCCGGUGUAGUGGUUGGCUCAAUCUACUGGACUGCUGUUACCUACGGUGCCAUUACUGUCAUGCAGGUUGUGGGCUACCAAGAAGGAAUGGCAUUGAUGGAACAAGCAGACCCGUUGGUGCUCCUGGUGGGAUUACCUACAAUUCCUAUCUUUCUCAUUCUUGGCAAGAUGGUUCGUUGGGAAGACAAGGUCCUCAGGCUCAUAAGGGCAUCAGUUCAAAGACUUCCUUUCCUAAAAUAUCUCCUUCCUGCAUUUAGGUAUGAAGAACCAGCAGGAGUGAGUACAACAGCAGUAAUAAGUGAUCCAGUAAAUGCAACACGAGUGCUCUGUGGUGCUCUUUCCCUCCCAACCCUCGCUACUAUUGUGGGGCGACUUUUCUUCCCAUCUGCCCACGACAAUCUUACCAGAACCUUGCUUGGAGGUGCAUCAUUCUUGGUAGUGAAAGGCCUGUUCAAGGUUUAUUACAAGCAGCAACAACAUGUGAUGCAGAGUAGACGCAAGAUAAUAGACUAUCCCCAGGAUCCUUCCACGCCGCCACAGGUCCCAGCUGCCUCCACUCCCCGUGCGCCUCCCACCACGCCACAGGAGUUUCCCGUCACCUCAUCGUUAACGACCACUCAACCUUCGUCCAGCCAAAACUUUGAUUAGCAGUAGUUCAGUAGUUAUAACAAGAGUAAAGUUGGCGAAGAACAAUUUUUAAAUAUUUUGUCUUCAAACAUUUUAUGCAGAUAGUGGCAUGUGUUAAUACUAUGACUCCUGGAUCUGCUGUGUUGUUAUUAAGUGUGGGAAGUGUACAUUAUGACUGAGGGCCGUAAAGCACUGUUAAUUAUGCCUCUUGGUUUCACUCAAAUUGUCUCGGUACUUAUAAACAGCACUUUUUCUGAUGACUUUUCUGUGAACUUAAGAAAUGUUGUCAAUUAUAUUUAUUUAGUGACUCAUCAAAACAUCUUAUUUGUUCCCUUGAUAAAUGAAGAAGUGAUAUUCUACAAUUAGUACAGUAUACUAGUGUAAAAAAUACCCUUUUCCACACCCUUGUGUAGCUUAUAUUGUCUGACUAGGAAAUCUAAUGAAACCAACAAUUUAAAGACUGAAGCUUAUCACUUAAUUCUUAUGAUGUACUCUAUAGGCUUGCUCUACUGUAUAUUGUUCAUGUACUUUGAAAGUCUCUCAAGUAUGACAUUACUUGAAAAUACAGAACAACUUAAAAUAGAGAAGCUUGAAGACACUGUACUGUGUUAUCAGUGUAUCGGAUUAUGCUAUUACAGUUACACAUACGUGUGUAAAUACUCAUAAAAGUGAUAAUUUAGAAAUUUACUAAAUAUAUUUAAACAAAAAACAAAACAUUUUAA